AUGGCGGGGCCCGGGCGCUGGGCCCCCCUGCUCCUGUGCCUGCUGCAGGCCGCUCCAGGGAGGCCCCGUCUGGCCCCUCCCCAGAAUGUGACACUGUUCUCCCAGAACUUCAGCGUGUACCUGACGUGGCUCCCGGGGCCUGGCAGCCCUGAGGAUGUGACCUAUUUUGUGGCCUACCAGAGCUCUCCCACCCCCAGACGGUGGCGAAAAGUGGAAAAGUGUGCUGGAACCAAGGAGCUGGUGUGUCCCAUGAUGUGCCUGAAGAAACAGGACCUGUACAACAAGUUCAAGGGGCGUGUGCGGGCAGCCUCUCCCCGGGCCAGGUCCCCCUGGGUGGAGUCCGAGUACCUGGAUUACCUUUUCGAAGUGGAGCCGGCGCCGCCCGUCCUGGUGCUCAACCUGACAGAGGACAUCCUGAGUGCCAAUGCCACGUACCAGCUGCCCUCCUGCAUGCCCCCACCAGAUCUGAGCUACGAGGUGGCAUUCUGGAAGGAGGGGUCCGGAAACAAGACUCUAUUCCCAGCCACCCCCCACGGCCAGCCAGUCCAGAUUCCCCUCCAGCCAGCCACCAGCGAACGCCACUGCCUCAGUGCCAGAACCAUCUACACCCUCACUGUCCCCAAAUACAGCGAGUUCUCUAAGCCCACCUGCUUCUUCCUGGGGGCCCCAGGAGCCAGCUGGGCAUUCCUUGUCCUGCCGUCACUUCUGCCCCUGCUGCUAGUAAUUGCCACAGGGGGUGUCAUCUGGAAGAGCCUCACAGGGGACCCCUGGUUUCAGCAGGCAAAGAUGCCACAGGCUCUGGACUUUUCUGGACACAGACACCCCGCGGCAGCCUUUCAGCCCAGUGGACCAGAGUCCCUGGAUGACUUGAUCCUCUGUCCGCAGAAGGAACUGGCUGGAAGGGUCAGGCUGACCCCUAGAGUCACGGCCCCGGCUACCUUACAGGCAGGAUCAGAGAAGGACGGUGCUGAGGAUGAGGAGGAGGAUGCGGAGGAUGCGGAGGAUGGCGUCAGUCUCCAGCCCUACAUCAAGCCUCCCCCUUUCCUGGAGCAAGGGCACUGGGUGCCAGGGCGCCCCGAGGAGGCAGAGCGGCUGGACUCAGGGAGGCCCUGGGCUCCUCUGGUCCAGGGCGAAGGCUCCUCUACUGGGGACUCUUCAGACCGAAGCUGGGCCAGCACCGUGGACUCCUCCCCCUGGGACGAGCCUGGGUCCUCUGGCUGCUUGGCCAAGAACGGGCCAGACCAAGGGCCGGGACAAGACGGGCAUGGGGAGCCCCUGCCACCACCUGAAUUCUCCGGGGACUCGGGCUUCCUGGAAGAGCUCCCAGAAGAUGCCCUCUCCCCCUGGGCCGCCUGGGGCUCCUCAUCACCAGGGCUGGAUCUGGUCCCUGGGGAUCCCCUAGUUUCUCUGCGGACACUGACCUUCUGCUGGGACAGCAGCCCUGAGGAGAAAGAGGAGGAGGAAGAGGAGGAGGAGGAGGAGGAAGAUGACGAGCGCAGGAGGGAAUCAGAGAUUGAUGACGGCGGUGCUGGCACCUGGGGGGCUGAGAGCACUCUGAGGACCAAGGAAAGGAUGCUGGGCCACUACAUGGCCAGGUGAGCUGUCCCCAGCUUCCCACCAAGUCUGGUGCUGCCGUCACAGCUACUGGGCUUCCCAAGGACCAGAGAAGACACCACUGAAACUCGAGAGCAUACGCACGUUCCCGAGGCAGCAGAGGGUCACCGUGGCACUUCAAGGACCCCCACCUAGAGGCUGUUUGUCAGUCGGGUCUGGC